CAAGAGAUACGGAUGAAAUCAUAAAAGAAUAUAAACUAAAAGAAAAGGUUUUGUUUAUUUGUGAAAAUAUUUGUAAACUCAUUCAGGCCAUCAAACACAAAUAUAUACGCUUGGAAAGAUUAUCGUUUUAUUUAGUGUAAUAAAAAAUUAAUAAAUAAAAAUAAAUAAAUAUAGAAAAUUAUGCGGUAUUAUUAAUAAUAUUGGCGUAUAGAGAAAAUUAGACAUGGAGCAGUUGGAUGACCACUUUCGUUACAUUUAUAGUUCAUCAUUGCAUGAACUCGUACAGAUAAAAGUUGGCACGCUUGAGGGGAAGAAACGACAGCCGGAUUAUGAAAAACUGCUGGAAGAACCAAUUUUACGUUUUUCUGGUUUAUAUUCCGAAGAAUAUCCAGCAUUUCAAGUACGCAUGCAAAUAUUCAAUAAAGGUCGACCGUAUUGUCUACCUGUGACCACAUCAUACAAAUCAUUUACCAAACGUUGGAGUUGGAAUGAAUGGAUUACAUUACCGCUGCAGUUUUCAGAUUUGCCAAGAACUGCAUUGCUUGUAUUGACAAUUCUUGAUUGUGCUGGCGCUGGACAAACUACUAUCAUUGGUGGUACAUCCAUAACGUUAUUUGGUAAAAAUGGUAUGUUUCGCCAGGGUAUGUACGAUUUACGGGUAUGGUUGGGCAUUGAGGGUGAUGGUAAUGGCUGCACACCUGGCAAAGGCAAAGAAUCGUCUAAGUCACAAAUGCAACGUUUAGGAAAAUUAGCUAAAAAGCAUCGUAAUGGUCAGAUACAAAAGGUUGAUUGGCUGGAUCGGUUGACUUUCCGAGAAAUAGAAGUCAUUAAUGAACGUGAAAAACGAUUGUCCGAUUAUAUGUUUUUAAUGAUUGAAUUUCCAACAAUUGUGGUGGACGAUUACUAUAAUUAUUCCAUAGUAUAUUUUGAAACGGAAGGUGACAAAAACUAUAAAUUUAUAUCUAAACCAAAACUUGUCACUGUACCAGAUACAGAAAUACUACAGGAAAAUUUAGUGGAACGUAAGCAUCAUCGUUUGGCACGUUCCGAACGUUCUCGCAUAUCUGACAGAGAUGCAAAACCAACAGCAAGCAUACGAGAUCAGUUACACACUAUCGUCUAUCGCUAUCCGCCUACAUAUGUGUUGAGCAGUGAAGAGCAGGAUUUGCUAUGGAAGUUUCGCUUCUAUUUAUCCUCACAUAAAAAGGCGCUCACAAAAUUCCUUAAAUGUAUUAAUUGGGAAACACCCGCUGAAGUUAUGCAGGCAUUAUCUUUAUUAGCAAAAUGGGCACCAAUGGAUGUUGAAGACGCUUUAGAAUUGCUUAGUCCGGCAUUUAAACAUCAUCAAGUGCGCAAAUAUGCUAUAAGCCGUUUAGCUCAAGCACCCGACGAAGAUUUACUACUCUAUCUACUGCAAUUGGUACAGGCACUUAAAUAUGAGAAUUUUAAUGAUAUUGCCGCAUCGCAUAAGCGUAUUUUUCCAGAUCGUGAUAUUGUGCGUUCAUUAGACGAUAAAUCCGGUUCGUUUGAUCAGAGCUCUAUGUGCUCUGAUUUAAGUAAUAGCGCUGAUGUAACAUCCGUUAUAGCCGCAUCAACGAAUCGCGAUAACAUAAAUACGUCCAAUUCCAUUAUGCAACGCACAGCAGUACAAGUGAAUGUCACACAAAAAUCAACUCUACCGAUGUCGAUCUCUGUUAAUUCAUCGGUGGCAGAUGAUGAAAUGAAUGUUGUUAGCACCACCACUAUUGCAUCAGUACCAUCAGAUACAUCAAAUACUCUAAUAUGUGAUAAUCCUAGUUCAUAUGUUUCCACGCCAACUUACGGGGAUUUGUCAACCUUUCUUAUACAGCGUGCAUGUAAAAAUCCAACUUUAGCUAAUUAUUUAUACUGGUAUUUAUCGAUUGAAGUUGAAGAUCAGGAAUCGAUACGAAAACAAGAUGAAAGCGUGCAUGUUAUGUAUGUUAUGGUGUUGAAGAUGUUUCAAAAAGUCCUAAAAAAUGGCAGCUUUCAGUUACGGAACAUAUAUUGCAGUCUCGAAAAGCAGAAACUUUUCAUAGACGAGCUGGUAAAAUUGGUUAAAAUCGUAGCUAAGGAACCAGGCAAUCGUAAUAAAAAAACUGAGAAGUUUCAGAAAUUACUCUCGGAGCACGACAAAUUUAAAAUAAAUUUCAACGAAUUUGACCAAAUCCCCUUUCCUUUAGAUCCAGAAAUCCAUAUAACAAAAAUAGUACCAAAUAAGACAUCGCUUUUCAAAAGUGCGCUGAUGCCUGCAAAAUUAACAUUUGUGACAACAAUCGCCUCUCAUGAAUAUGUAGCGAUUUUUAAACACGGUGAUGAUUUGAGACAAGAUCAGCUUAUCUUACAAAUGAUAACACUUAUGGAUAAAUUACUACGUCGAGAGAAUUUGGACCUAAAAUUGACACCCUACAAAGUGCUUGCCACGAGUUCUAAACACGGUUUCUUGCAAUUUAUUGACUCAUACACAGUUGCUGAUGUCUUGGCACGUGAAGGCAGUAUUCAUAAUUUCUUUCGCAAACACAAUCCUUGUGAAACAGGUCCUUAUGGCAUAACAUCCGAGACUAUGGAUACUUACAUUAAAAGUUGUGCUGGAUAUUGUGUUAUAACAUAUUUAUUAGGAGUUGGAGAUAGACAUUUAGACAAUUUGUUGCUCACCACAAAUGGCAAAUUAUUCCAUAUUGAUUUUGGCUAUAUAUUGGGACGUGAUCCGAAACCAAUGCCACCGCCUAUGAAAUUAAGCAAAGAAAUGGUUGAAGCUAUGGGCGGCGUCAGUUCAGAACAUCAUCAUGAGUUUCGGAAACAAUGUUAUACAGCAUUUUUACAUUUACGACGUCAUGCUAAUGUUAUGCUGAAUUUAUUCACACUUAUGGUUGAUGCCUCAGUUCCUGAUAUUGCGCUUGAACCUGACAAGGCUGUAAAAAAAGUUGAAGAAAAUUUACAAUUGGGUUUAACUGAUGAGGAAGCUGUUCAACAUUUACAGGGACUUUUAGAUUUCUCAAUAACCGCUGUAAUGCCGGCAUUAGUCGAGCAAAUACAUAAACUGGCUCAAUAUUGGCGAAAGUAGACUGGGAGUUACCAAAUUCCUUUUUUUUUAUGAACUCACAAGAAAACAUAGCUUCAAAAUUCAAAAGA